UCACAUUCGGACGGAGUGCCGUUCCAAGAUGGCGGCGUCCAUCGCGAAGUAUCAUCCUCUCACUUUCUGUUGACAAAAACAUCAGGACCGAGUCGCUUAAACAGUGCGAGGUGUUUUAAUGUAGCACAAGAAAGAGCAUCGUUUUUAAUCGUCUGCCUCUGAAGGAAGCAUGUCUUCGCUGUAGAGGAAAUGUUUUUAGUGUUUAUUUAGGGAGAGAUCGGCUCUGCAGCCAUGGCCGCCGACAAUAAAAUUCAUUUCUGGAGGAGGAACGCGAAGGGUCCCGGAAGUCUGCAGCCUAUCUACGGGGCGCGGUACCCGCCUGUGGACCCCCGGGUACUCUGCUCGUUCCUUAAAGACGCUCCGAAGACGAACGCCGUGAGCGUCAAAUCAAAGAAGCCAGCCACGUUCCACGAGUUUGCGCGCAGCACCAACGACGCCUGGGACAUCGAGGACGAUGAAGACGGCGGUUUCUUCCCUCCACUCGCACAUUCAACUUCUGUUCCCGCGCAAUCGCACUCCACAGUCAAAGCGUCUCGUCUGAAAGAGACCGAUCGUGCGGCGGAUAAAGAGCCAGAGCCAGAGCCCCGCCCAGGGGACAGAUCGGAACCAGGGAGCGCAGACGUCUGUCGAGAUCGGCCGAAGACAGACGGCGAGUCGGCCAAUGGCAGGGUGGUGAAGUCCAGCAGUGACGUCCAGCUGAACAGCAAUUCAGAGCGCAGCACUCUGCAGAAGCAGCAGUCUCUCCCGAUGCGUCCCAUCAUCCCCCUGGUCGCCCGCAUUUCAGACCAGAAUGCAUCUGGAGCUCCACCCAUGACCGUGAGAGAGAAGACACGACUGGAUAAGUUCAAGCAGCUGCUGGCCAGUCCCAACACCGACCUGGAGGACUUACGAAAGCACAGCUGGUCAGGGAUCCCACGGGAAGUACGUCCUGUUACCUGGAGACUUCUAUCAGGCUACCUGCCAGCUAAUAUGGAACGCAGGGAGCUGGUUCUCCAAAGGAAGCGUGAGGAGUACUUCGGCUUCAUCGAGCAGUAUUAUCACUCCAGAACAGACGAGCACCACAGAGACACCUACCGACAGAUUCACAUCGAUAUUCCUAGAACGAAUCCUCUGAUUCCUUUAUUUCAGCAGCCACUGGUACAGGAGGUGUUUGAGAGGAUCCUGUUUAUCUGGGCUAUCCGACAUCCAGCCAGUGGCUAUGUACAGGGCAUCAAUGACCUCGUCACGCCUUUCUUUGUCGUCUUCCUCUCAGAGUUUGUGGAGGAAGACAUGGAGAACUUUGAAAUGGCUGCUCUGCCUUUGGAAACACAACGCAACAUCGAAGCUGACAGCUUCUGGUGUAUGAGCAAGCUGCUGGAUGGAAUCCAGGAUAAUUACACAUUUGCUCAGCCUGGUAUCCAGAAAAAAGUCAAGGCUCUGGAGGAGCUCAUCAGCAGGAUUGACGAGGACGUGCACCUGCACAUCCAGAGGUGUGAGGUCGAGUACCUGCAGUUCGCUUUCCGCUGGAUGAACAACCUGCUGAUGAGGGAGCUACCGCUACGCUGCACAAUCCGCCUGUGGGACACGUACCAGGCCGAGUCAGAGGGCUUCUCUCAUUUCCACCUUUACGUUUGUGCAGCGUUCCUCAUCAAGUGGAGAAAAGAGAUACUCUCCAUGCUGGACUUCCAGGGUCUGCUGAUGCUCCUGCAGAACCUACCCACGAUACACUGGGGCAACGAGGAGGUGGGUUUACUCCUGGCCGAAGCUUACAGACUUAAAUACAUGUUUGCCGACGCUCCCCGGCACUACAAGAGAUGAGGACUUUCGAACCCGGCUGAGCCUCGGACACGUCAGAGACGAACACGCAAUGAAGUGCCCCCACCCCCCACCCCCCCACUCCUCUCUCUCUCUGUCUUUCUGCGUCGGCGAGGCGUUUCUUCAAUCUUCUUUUACUUCAGUCUGGAUGAGUGAGCGGAAAUCUAGAAAUCCAGGCUGCUACUCAACACCCGGGCUGAACCUAUGAAUGGAAUAAACCCAAGGUCAAAAGUUCCAGCACUGCAAAUGAUCUCAGAAACUUCUACAUCUCAUCCUCAGGUUUUUUUUUUUCUUUUCCUCAAACCAAUAACCACAGACAGGAGAAGGAAAUGGAUUCUGGGUUGUUUUAUCUUUUUUAUUUGUUUUUACAUUUUGCUCUGCCGCAACGGAGUGAACACUCUUCCUUUUUGUUAAUUUCUCCAGACGAUAUUAAGUUCUGACAUUGGCUGUUACCACUCCAUAAUGUGUGUGUGUGUGUGUGUGUGUGUUUCUUCUUUAAUUCCUGCUGUAUUAAUGAUACAGUGGAGUCACUGGAUCUGUUCAUCUUGCCAUCACUGGAGCCGGAUGUCAGAGCAGCGUAUGCAGCAGUCUGUCUGAUAUCUCAGUGGAUUAACACUGGAUCUGAUUUCAUAGCUAGUUUCAGACGGGCAGCUAGAAUCCGAUUUUUGUCACGUGUUCGCUUUGAGUCUUAAAAAAAAAAAAAACACACAUCAGAUCAAUUUUUUUGUCCAUCUCUGACACCGAUUCUUACAAAUCCUUACAAACUGACCCUCGAUAUUCAGCAAGUUAUCAUCGUUAGCUAGUUAGCGAGGUGUUUAAACAGCUAGCCAUGCUUCGGCUUAGCUAUUUAUCUUUUACUAGCAAAACCUAACUGUCACGAGGCAAGGCUUUAGAUUCCAGUGAAAUUGCACGCACAAAUUUGCCGAUGCGGAAAAUAUCGGACAUUUUCUUCAUUUCUAGUCACGUUAUCGUCCUCAAAACGAACCACUUCCUGUCCUCACUUGUGUUAUAACAGAUUUUCCCUCAUAAGCCUUUCUUUAAUAUUCAACAAGACAAAAAAAAAACAUCCUAAAGAAAACCUAGAAACGGCUUCACUGUAUUUUCUGACUGUUACAGAGUAAGAGACUCCUUCCAUUGUCUUGAUACGUUCAUAUCAGCAGUUACACACACGUUUAUUUUAAUACGAGAACUUGCAAAAAAAAAUCUUUUAUGUUUCAUUAAAGAUACUAUAACAUAUUCGGAAAAAUGAUUCGAAAACAUUCUAACCAACCAGAUUUAAGGAUUCAGUACAGAGAGAGCUGUGGAAUAAAGUUACUAGUUUACUAGUAGCUGUUUAUGUUUGUUAUUUGUGAUUAGCGAGCAUGCUUCCUCAGCGGAAGUCUAGCUAGCUGCUUGAAUUGGAAGCUAGCACAAGUAGCUUCGUUUAACGAUAAAAAUAUGAGCGUCCUUUUAGUCAAGAGCUUAAUUAAUGACGGUCGACUGUCGGCGCGUUAAGUGAAGAAGUUCUGGUUAUGUCAGCGUUAGCAGAGGGGACGACAUGGCUAAUACGACAUGGCUGCUUGAAGUUUAUAUAAGUAGCUAACAUCCAUCCAUCCAUUUUCUAUAACCGCUUUAUUCCUAAUUAAGGUUAAGGGGAUCUGCUGGAGUCUAUCCCAGCACACAUUGGGCGAAAGGCGGGGGUACACCCUGGACAGGUCACCAGUCCAUGACAGGACCACACAUAUAGACAGACAACCACACAGUCACUCCUAUGGGCAAUUUAGAAUCACCAAUCAACCUAAUGUACAUGUUUUUGGACUGUGGGAGGAAACCCGGAGUACCCGGAGUAAACCCACGCAGGUACGGGGAGAACAUGCAAACUCCACACAGAAAGGCCCCCUGCCUAGUUAGCAGUUAACAUAUAUUGCCUUAUUUCCUUCACUCAGCAUUUAAACAGCUGGGUUGUUGCUAUGACAACCGAUUUGGAUGCGCAAGCAUGUGCGACUACAGUCGGUACUUAAAAAAAGAAAACCCAAAAUAAAUAAAUAAACAAACAAAAAUUAGAUUUGAUCUCAUGUAAUUUGCAGCGUGGACACUCGAUCUGAAAAAUCGGAUUCGGGAAAAUAAAUUAGUUUCGGCCCGCCAUCUGAAACGUUUGAAGGCUCUGUAGCUUGGCGUGUAAAAGCGCCUGCAUAUUGCACAAAAGAUCAAAUGAAAAUUUAAUAUUAAUAUAAAUAUUAAAAAGGGUUCUGCUUCUCCUGCGGUGGAACUUCAGAAACGACCACUGAGCGCGGCCCGCUGGAGUCAGACUGCGGUGAAAUAUUAAUAAUGUGUUUGUAGCCAGCGAGGCGGUUUAAUGUGAGGUUGUGUUAUGCAAGCAGACGGUGUGAGGAGAAGGGAAAAGAAAAAACCACCUCCGUCAGUCAGUCAGGCGAGCUGUAGGGCGUGUGGACGGAGGAAUUAUUAACACAGUGCUGAAAACUGACAGGAACAAAAGACGAAAAAAAACCCCUGUUACACUGAUCUAGGAUCAGCUCCUGAAAUCCAAACCUUGUAGUUUCCUACUAUUGGAGCAUGUGGAGAACUGAUCCAGGAGCAGCGUAUUUGAUCUCUCUCUUUCUUUUCUAAUUCAGUGCGAAUGCAAUCAGUAAUCAGUUAAAAGGAAGCGUGCAACUUUAUAAAGGUAUAAAAUAGAAUGUAUUAGUGCGUAGUAUCUUUCUUAUAAAAUCAGAAAGUCCAGCAUUUUUUUUUUUUUUUUUUUUUUGAGCGAAGGUACAGACCGGAUUCUGUACAACCUCGAGCAAUCGGUUUUCUAAUCCGAAUCUCAUUGACGGCUUUAAUAAUUGAUGAACGGCUGCCACCGUACUUUAUACGUUAAAGUAACUGGAGCACGUGAAUAUAUCGAGCUGUCAGGAUCAGUUAAGGGAAAUUGUAUUCUAUUGGCUUUGCUUUCGCAGGCUAGGAAGUGAUUUAAUGUUUAAUCUGAUAAAUCUACACUUCCACACACGUCGCUAGAACUGACUCCGGCGCUACGAAGCUGUUACGGCUACGAUGCCUCCAUGUCUCACGUUUUAUUUUUGUGUCAGCGGCGUCGUUUUCAAUUUUAACACUGAAUUUGUUUUUUUUUUGUUGUUGUUGUUGUUGUUUUGUUUUGUUUUACUUGUGUCAGCGGCGUCAUUUUCAGUUUUAACAUUGAAACCUUUUAUUUUUUGGAAGCAGGUUUAUUUUUUGUUUAUUUCUAUUUUAAUUGUUUUGUCCCAAUGUCCCAAAGUAGCCCAUUUUACCACAGGAUUUUUUUAUUUUUUAUUUUUUUAUUUUAUUUAUUUAUUUAUUUAUUUUUUUUAAGUGUCAGCUGCGUAAUUUUCAGUUUUAGCACCCAAAACGUUUUUAUUUCCUUCCCCUAGUUUUAGCUGCAUCAUUUUUAAGUUUUAACAAGUUUUUCGAAGCAGUUAUUUUUCGCAUCUGUUUCAUUUUCAGUUUUAACACUAAAACUGUUUUGUUUUUGUUUUUAUUUUUUAUUUAAAGCAGUUUUUUUCCCCCCCAGAGUAAGCUGCAUCAUUUUCAGUUUUAACACUAAUUUCUUUUUGUUUUUAAUUCUUUAAAGCAGGUUUUUCUCCCCAGUGUCAGCUUCAUCAUUUUCAGUUUUAACACUGAUUUUAUUUUUGUUUUAAAUUUUUUGGAGCAGCUUUUUUUCCCCAGUGUCAGCUGCAUUAUUUUCUGUUUUAACACUGAAACUUAUUUAUUUUUUAUUUUUUUUGAAGCAGGUUGUAUUCUGUUCGUUUUUGUUUAUAACCAGUGUCUCUAUGCGGUUAAUAAUCCACUGCUAACCACUGCAUCAGAUCUCUGAAACGAGACGUUAAUUGACAUUUCAGGGACGGACAAAUCACAAAUUCAUUAGCUAGCCCAGAGGGAAAGUGAAAGCUCCAGCAUGCGGCUCAUUCUCGUGUGUUGAUGCCCGGAAGUCCAAUUAUAACUAGUCUGAAAAGCGGCCACGUAACUCGACUCAAAAGUUUGACGAGAUAAUUAUGUGCAUUAAUACAGCUUGUGGAAAGUAAGUGAGGACUUGAGUCCCUGAGAGCAGAGGAUUUAUGUAGCUCUCGUCUUUAUUCUUUCCUGAUGUUCUCAUGGUGAUGAAGCUUUGCCUUCUUGAUUAAAAAUGCAGGAUAUUAUUUUAUUUUUUAUUUUUCUUAACUACAACCUGUGGGUUUUUUCCCCUCAUUUUACAAAAAAGAUGGAAUUUGUUUAUCAUCAUAAAGUGCUGACAUAACGUAUAAACAUCUUCACCAUCUUCAAAUCAAGCCUCCGAUGUCACCGUGUACGUCGUUACUAUAGAAACGGUAGCGUAAUAAAACGUGUCCGAGCCGACCAAUCAGAAUCGAGAUUUCAACAUACCCCUGAUACAUCAGCUAGCUAGGUUUAGUUUACUAGGACAUGUGUCGGUGACCAUGCCUCCUGUCUCUUCUAGCUAGUUUGAGGAGUCAAAUGAAACAAAACAACAACAAACAGUGUUGUAGACAUCAACAUCUACUGAAGCUGUUUAAAACAACAGACAAGAGAAACAAUAUUAAUAAGAGCUCACAUACACAAUUUGUCCCAGAAGGCCUGGCUAACAAUUUGCUCGCUCUCUCUCGCUCUCUCUCUCUCUCUCUCUCUCUCUCUCUGUCUCUCUCUGUCUCUCUCUCUCUGUCUUUGUCUUCAUCUUCCAUGCUCUUCCACUUCCAUGUCUCUCUUUCUCUCUCUCUCUCUCUCUCUCUCUCUCUCUGUCUCUCUCUCUCUCUUCAUCUUCUAUGCUCUUCCACUUCCAUGUCUCUCUCAUAUCUAUCUAUCUGCCUCUCUGUCUGUCUCUCUCUCGCUCUCUCACGUUCUCUCUCUCUCCAUAUUCCUUGCUCUUCCACUUCCAUGUCUCUCUCUCUCUCUCUCUCUCUCUCUCUCUCUCUCCCUCUCUCUCUCUCUCUCUCUCUCUAUCUAUCUCCCCUUUUCCAACUCUCUACAUUGCUCUCCUCUCUCUCUCUCUCUCUCUCUCUCCUUUUUCCCCUCUCUCCCCUCCAUCUCUCUCUUUCUUUAUCUCUCUCUCAUCAUCUCUCCUUUUUCAACUCUCUACAUCUCUCUUUCCACCCCCCUCAUCCCCUCUCUCUCUCUCUCUCUCUCUCUCUCUUUUUCCCGAACCCUGUUCUUGAUGCUGAUUGGUGUAAAGGCCUAACAGGGUAUAUAUAUGUGAGCUCUCUCUCUCUCUCUCUCUCUCUCUCUCUGUGUAUCGAGAAGCUAAACAGCCUCACAGAGACACAGUCUGUAACUGGAGUGCUGUUAUGAUUGGGGUAAUUUGUGCAACAAAUAAACACUCUUUCCCAGCUUUUCUGCUCCAGAUGAAGCAAUCCUCUGACAUCAGCACUAAAAACCCAGGCUAUAAUUUUCAGCAAUAGAAAAUUGGCCCAAAAAAAUUGACUAAGUGAUUUUACACUGUAUGAGCCAGUUAUUUCUCACUGGUGCUGUUUGGAAGGAGAACAGACCAUUUUCUCAUUUUCAGCUAAGUGAACUGUGCUGCUGUUGUGUUCUCUCAAGUACAGCAAAAGGUAAAGCUUUGACGUGUUCAUUUUUUUUUUAUUAAAGCAUAUCAAUAGCAGGGGUUUUGGUGUUAAAUCUGCACUUUUACAGAGUCGUGGUUUAUUCCCUGCUUGUUUUUCCUAUUCUUUUCUUAUAAUCUCACUCUUGGAGCGAAGAAACACACACCAAGCUUCCAGAGGAUUUUUUUUUAUUUUUCUUUCAUUAACUGUAAGACCAGCCUUAAUCUUUGCCCUGCUCUCCAGAUGUGAUUGGAUCAUGUCCUUGCUUAAAAAAAAAAAAAAAAAAAAGCAUCCUCCACUCCAAGAGAUUUUAUGACGCCUUGACAAUUUGACAAUCCCUGGCCAUGUUCUGUCCUGUUUAUGUGAAUGUAAAAAUAAUUUGAUGUGGCCCUGACUGACCGAGUGAUUGUUUGAAACUCCGCUUAUUUGUGUGUUCAUUUUCUUUUAAAGCCACACUGUGAUGUCAUUUUUUUUUUUCUUUCUCAAGCCAUUAUGCCUGUGUUAUUCAGUAAUUACUGAACGCCUGAUUUCUUUUGUGUGUGUUUUGUUUUUUAUGAUUCUACUGUUUACACAAAUUAAUGAUGUAAACAAAGUCAUUAGAGUUUGCGAAGCCUUUUUUUCACGGGUUAUUGACUCCGGACUCAUCAGUAUGUGUGCAUGAGGAGGUGAGAUACUUUUUAAUCAAAUUUUAAAUCGGCGUACGGGAUAAAAUUAGCAUGUGGCGCUCGCGGAGGUGAGAGUUUAAGACGAUAUGACGCACAUCAAGCAUGCGGGAUUAACAUUUCUGAUGAAUGAGGGAUGCGUUUUAAACGGAUGAUAUCUGAGAGGAAACAAGUCUUAAUCUAGGACUGACAGGUAGGGAGGAGAGAGAGUGAGAGAUGGAGAGGGGAAGAUGGGGACAGAGAGGGAGAGAGAGAAAGGAGAUAGAUAGAAGUAGAGAGCAAGAAGGGAAGAGAGUGAGAGUGCAAUGGGGGUGGAGAGUGUGAUAGAGAGAGAAAGAGAUUAGAGGGGAAGAUGGAGAGAGAGAGAGAUAGAAAGGGAGAGCAAUAAAGAGAGGGGGGUGGAGGGGAAGAGAGAAAAGGAGAGAGAGAGUGAUAGAAAGGGAGAGAGAGAGAGAAAAGGAGAUGGAGGGGAAGAGAGGGAAAGAUGGAGAGAGGGAAAGAAAGAAAGGAGCUAGAUAGAAGUAGAGAGCAAUAAAGAGAGGGAGAGAGGAUAUGAUGUGGAGAUAGAAAGGGAGAGCAAUAAAGAGAAGGGGUGGAGGGAAAGAGAGAGGGAAAGACAGAAAAGGAGAGAGAGAGAGGGUGGAAGAGAGAAAAGAAGAGAGAGUGAUAGAAAGGGAGAGAGAGAAAAGGAAAUGGAGGGGAAGAGAGGGAAAGGGAAAGAGAGAAAGGAGCUAGAUAGAAGUAGAGAGCAAUAAAGAGAGGGUAAGAAGAGGUAGAGAGAGAGAUAGAAAGGGAAGCUAGAUAGAAAGAAAGGAGCUAGAUAGAAGUAGGGAGCAAUAAAGAGAGGGAGAGAGGAUAAGAUGAUGUGGAGAUAGAAAGGGAGAGCAAUAAAGAGAAGGGGUGGAGGGAAAGAGAGACAGAAAGAUGGAGAAAAGGAGAGAGAGAUGGGGAAGAGAGAAAAGGAGAGUCAGAGAGAGAGAGAGAAAAGGAAAUGGAGGGGAAGAGAGGGAAAGAUGGAGAGAGUGAUAGAAAGGGAAAGAGAGAAAGGAGCUAGAUAGUAGUAGAGAGCAAUAAAGAGAAGGGGGUGGAGGGAAACAGGGAAAGACAGAGAAAAGAGAGAGAUAGAGGGGAAAAGAGAAAAGGAGAGAGAGUGUUAGAAAUGGAGAGAGAGAAAAGGAGAUGGAGGGGAAGAGAGGGAAGAUGGAGAGAGUGAUAGAAAGGGAAAGAGAGAAAGGAGCUAGAUAGAAGUAGAGAGCAAUAAAGAGAGUGAGAGAGGGUUAGAACGUGUGUAGAGAGAGAGAGAAAGCAAUGGGGGUGGAGAGUGAUAAAAGGAGAGAGACAGGGGAGAGAGGAUGAUGGAGAAAGGAGGGAAGAUGGAGAGAGUAAUGGAAAGGGAGUGAGAGAAAGGAGCAAUAGAGAGAGAGGGAGCAUUAAUGAAUAAUAUAGUAAAAUGAGAGAUGUAAAAUAUGAUGUUUGGGUUUUAAUUGAGUUGGAGAGAAGCAGUGUGCACAGAGUAGAGCUGUAGAGAGAGUGCAAUACUUGUUUGUUUGUUUGUUUGGGAGAGGUGACAAGAUAGCUGUUAGCUAAGCGUUCACAGAAGAGGUAGCUGUUUGUUUGUUUGUUUUGUUUUCGAAGAUAUUGCCUGAUUUUGCUGACCAGAUUGAGGCUGAAAUUUCAUUCCACCAUGGACAUUCAGUCAAUUCCAGAAAGUUCUGGAAAAACACAUUCAUUCUGUUUCUCCUGUCAAUCACGGCAUCACUAUAUACUUGUGUAUGCGGAAGAGGGCAGAUAGCACUUUCACUUUAUACGUGUUACACAACAUGAGAAACAAUGAAAUGCCAACAGGAAAUGCCAGCCUUCACUCUUCCUGGUGACUGGAAAGCAGCUUAUAGCCAAAAACUCUAGUUUAUGUAUGCAUGUACACAUACACGACGACCGUACAGCACAAGGAUUUUCUUCUGACAUUCCAGCUUGAAGGUAAGUUGAGAGACGGAUCACGGGGUCAGUCAGAGGGCAGCGAUCCUGGAGGAUUAUGGUCAACAGGUCAAGCUUCCUUUCGAUAACAGAGAGCCGUAACCUCCAGGCCAUGGCCGACCUUUAACACGGAACACGGAAUGAUUCGUGGUCUGACAACACAACAUACACGAUAUAUUUACAAUAAAAAAAUGAUAACCUUCACGAAAUCACAAGGAUGAUGCAAAAAAACUUGAUGCACCGGACCAACGUUAGACUUGGUCAGAACGUACUACUGCUGUCCUGCUAUCAUCCUCUUUCACAUAUGGGAUUUAUAAUAUAUUUACAAUUGGGCCGUGUUCAGACACGUUGAUGACUCCUCGCGUCGGCUUGUGUCACAUUUUUGAUUUUCAAUGUAAUGCCAAAAA